ACGGCGUUUGCGAUUUGCACCACUGGCACGGUCGAGCACAAGGAAGUAACCGCGUGUUGUGUGUCGCUAGGUUAUAGAGAUUAAAUUCGAUCUUGUCAGAUCUGCCGCACGUGUGCGCACGUACAGUGCGUUACUGAGAGAUACAUAUAUAUCGUUGCGUCCAUCAAAUUAGUCCAAAUAAUAGAAACGACUUGUGUAAAGAGGAAUGGCAGUGAGGAAACGCGGGCGGCGUGGUGGCCGGGCAUCGUCGCAGAGAGGCGAAACGCCAAAUGUUGGCGGCGAGACGCGAGCCGAAGGGACGAAGGGCAAGAGCGAAAGAGCUCUGGUCGUCGCGCAGGAAAUCAAGAUCGCGCGAUUAUUGGCCAACAAUGACAAGAAAGUCCGCGACAAGGUGCUGAAAAGAGUGAAGAAAUGGUUAACGGUACGAUCGCAGAGUUCGUUUGAGUUCACGCGGGCGGACUUCAUGAACUUGUGGAAGGGCCUCUUCUACUGCAUGUGGAUGUCGGACAAAAUGUUGAUCCAGGAAGAAUUGGCGGAGUCGCUCAGCAAGCUUGUGCACUGCUUGAAUUCGAUGGACGCGAUUGUACUUUACACCAGCUGCGCCCUAUGGACAAUCUCCAAAGAGUGGUUCGGCAUAGACCAGUACAGGCUGGACAAGUUCUCCAUGUUGGUCAGGAGGAUCCUCCGCCAGUCGUUCGUAGUCUGCAAGAACCAGUCCUGGGACAUGAAGUGGGUUAUGGAAAUUUGUCGGGUAUUUAGACAGCUCUUUUUAAAUGUGGACACUGGCAUAGGAUUCAAUCUGCAUAUGACGGAGAUAUAUCUGGAGGAGCUUGCCAAAGUUAGUAAUGGUGAUAUACCAGAGGAUGUAGUCCACGAAUUCAUCAAACCGUUUGCUGACUAUCUAAUACACACGCAUGACGAGAGGCAGAUGAAGCAUAUCAUGCGACAUGUUUUCAGAUAUUUGAUAUUUCAAUCGGACGUUGGUUUAAACUACAUGGAGAAAUUCAAUGCUUGGAAAGGCGCUGGCUUUCCCUGCACGCGUAUAGACGAUAUGCAAGAAAUAGAGAUGUCUGAUGCAGAGGAAAAUUCUAACAGUGAGGGUAAACAGUUUCCUGAAACUGUUGCGCAAAAUGAAACUGAGAAGCCUCUGGAUCCAAGAGCAGGUAGAGUGAAUGUCGAGCUACCGCAGAUACCUUUUAAUGCUGCGAAGAUUGUAAAGUUGCUCACAGAGUAUACGUUGCACCCGUCGUCAACGGCAAGAUCGCGCAGACAAGUCAUGAGACUUCUCGAAGAAUACAAGGAAUUGGCGCAAGGAAGGAUGCCGCUCGGAAUAAAGAGAGUUAGAAAACUAAAUUCCUAUAAAAAAGAGACUGAUUCGAGAAAAGCGGCGUUGCGCCUUAUCAAGUUUGAGAAAAACAUGCUUUCCGACCAGGUGAAAAAACGAAAAAGAGAAAAUGAGAAAACGGUCUGUAAUGAAAUUUCUAUUAAUGAUCCAAAGAAGGGAGAUGCUUCAGCUCUCGAGUCUAAUGCUGAUUCGGAAAGUGAACUAAUCAAUACAACUGCAACCGCAAAGGCUGAUUUAGAACAAAAUACAGAUGCAGAUACGGUACCAUUAAAAAAACUGAAAAGAAGCGAUUCGACGUGUGAUAUAUCUAGCACUAAAUUUUUGUAUGAAAAUGGUAUUAAUGUAGAAAAUACUCGAAAGCUUAAGAAGAAGCUAAUAGAAAAUUCCAAAAAGAGUAAAGUUGAAAAAGUAAAAUUGAAUCAGAAAAAUAACAAAUCUACGACAGAGAAAAAUGUAAAACGUAAAACAAAAAAAGCGGUAAUUCGUGACGUACAAACUUCUGGAGACGCUGAUCAAUGUGUUUCUAUCUCGCCAAUUUGCAGCAUAGAAAUUCCAUCGCAAGAAACUAAUAACAAGUCUGUAGCUAAGAAAACGAAGUCGAAAAUCAAGCACAAGCCGCAAGAGACGCCAUUAAAAAAUAAACUGUCACGUCAGACAAAGAAGCAAACCAAUUUAAACAAUUUCCCUCUGGAAAAGAAAAAGGUAAUGUUCGGGCUCUCUCGGAAUACUGCGCAUCACACAUCCGAGUAUCUCCAGCAGCUCCGUAAAAGCCCGGGUAUUCCGUUCGACGCAAAUAAAAAACCGCUAGCCAGUGUGUUGAAAAUGAGUCCUAUACCAAGUCCGCUUAAUCCAUUUUACAAAAAAUGCACAAAAUAAUGGCAUGUUAUACAAAUAAGAAAAUUAAGUAAAUUUCAAUUGUAAUUUAGUAAUUCAGUGAUUGAUAACAGGUAUAUGUAAAUAUCUCUACUUUAAGCUUUAUCUACAAUGUGCUUUUCUCAUCUAAAAACAUUCUAUUUUGUAGCCAAUAAAUACGUAAGCAAUUUAU